AUGUCUGUUGCAACCAGAUACAGGGUUUUGCAGUGCUUUCGAAAACUACAUAAAACAAAGUAUGCUGUCUUCCAAGAUGAUGAUUUUGCAAUAAAAGAGACCAGAAAGAGGAUCAAUGAUGAAUUCAGAAAGGGAAAAAAUGAAACAGAUCCAGAAAAGAUCGAAGAGCUGAUAAAAGUUGCUGAGGAUGCUGAUUUGAUACUCAGGAAAACUGUCAUACAAGCCAGACUAGUAGGAGAGAACAGAUACAGAUUACGGAUAACAAAAGAUACACACCUUGAUGAUACUUACCCCUUCGAUCCAAAUGCCGUUCUUCCUGAACCAUUGUCAAAACGAAAAGGGAAACGUGCUCAAAAGACUUGUGAGGAAAUUCAAAAAGAACUUGAUGAAAAACCACCAUCUUGAUGAUGUUCAUGAAUGAAAUCUUUACAUUGAAAAAAGAAAAUGUUUUUAUUUUACAAAGAAUAAGAUAUGCUUAACAAGCUGGUUGAAAACCGAUUAAAGAUUUGUAUCAAACUUAACCAAAUUCAGUAUGGCAGAUCAUCAAGAAACAGCCCUGUGUUGAAGUAUGAUACCAUUAUAUGUUAUCUUUGUGAGUUCUGAUGAAUGACGUUAAGACUAAAAAUCAUCUUUUUGUGUCUUAAUGACAGUAGGUUUGUUCAUAUCCAGCAUGACCAAAUUGUUGUUAUUAUUUCCUUGAGAAAAGAAGAAAUGAUUGAAUUUUGACAAUUUUGAUAAGUGUGUUUGUCUACACUAUAUAAAUAUUUCCGAAAGGUUAUUGCAAUUGUAUUUAGAAUUACUAAGUGUUGAAUAUUUUGAAGUGAACAAAUUCACUAAAUGCUUUAUAUUUAUUGUAUGUGUAAAUAUUGACC